CAGUGUUUUAUAUCCGGGUAGUAGCUCGGAGUAACGUUCCAUUUAUUCUGGAGAACGCCUGCGUGUAGGUGUAAAAGCGAACUAUGUCUGGAAGGGGAAAAUCCAGCAAGGCCCGUGCCAAGUCUAAAUCUCGCAGCUCCCGUGCAGGACUCCAGUUCCCUGUCGGGCGAGUCCACCGUCUUCUCCGCAAAGGUAAUUAUGCCGAGCGUAUAGGCGCCGGAGCGCCGGUAUACUUAGCCGCCGUGCUGGAAUAUCUAACGGCGGAGAUCCUCGAGUUGGCCGGAAACGCGGCCCGGGACAACAAGAAAACCCGCAUCAUCCCUCGCCACCUCCAGCUGGCUGUUCGGAACGACGAGGAGCUCAACAAACUUCUCGGCGGCGUUACUAUCGCCCAGGGCGGUGUCCUCCCCAACAUCCAGGCCGUCCUGCUCCCCAAGAAGACCGGCCAGUCUGCUCCGAGCUCCGGCAAGGGGGGAAAGAAGGCUUCAUCUCAGUCUCAAGAGUAUUAGCCACAUGGCUGGUCAUUUCCCUCACAACGGCCCUUUUAAGGGCCACCCACGCUGCAUUGAAAGAGCAAAUGUUCUUUGUGUUGUUUUCAUGCCAAUAAACUGAUUUUGUUAAAGGUGAA